AUGGCGCCGCGAGAGAUCCCGGGGUUUUACUACGACCCCGAGAAAAAAAAGUAUUUUCAGAUCCAAGCAAAUCAUGUUGCACCUCCAGGAGCAUCAUAUUCCAAUGAUAGAGUCAAAAGAAGACGCACAGAAGCAAAGAAAGAACUUGAGCAGGAACAGAUCGCCCAACGCAUACAGAAAGAGAAAGUACGCAAAGGAGGUAUUUUUUAUCAUCCAUUUAUCAAUGGAGGGAGAGAGAUUGGAUCCCAGCAUCUUUCAACUGCAGCCAGACAGGAUCAGCAGGCCCGAACUUUUGCGAGUCAACUUCAUCGAAAGAAUCUUUGCAAGCUGAAGGGUUGGCAACACGACCUGUCCAUUAAGUCUCUUUUCCAGCAUCCUCAGACUGGAGAUAUCUUCGCUGUCGGGCAAGACGGCCCGCACGGUGUAUUAUUCGCAACAAACGCAGAUCCGGCGCUUGGAGAGCGGACCCACGAGCAAGGCCAUCUAUAUCUUGCCUUAAAAUCUACUGUUUCUUCGGUCUCCCUGAGUCCGGCAGAGUAUAUUCUCUUAGCAACGGAUGACCUCAGCGGAAAUUCAUACCUGAUACCCCACAGAUUUAAGGAGUUUGGAGAUCUUGAUUUCUCUGAAGAACAUGUUUCUGCCAUACCGACAGCAGCUGCCAGGGUUGACUCAACUUUAUUCUCCACCGCAGCCUGUCCCACAAAGGACAAGGCCUUAUUUGCCGUAGGCACCUCAGAGGGUCUCCACACCCUUGAAGGAUCGCGUGACCGAUGGACAUAUUCAGACAAGCCAUUCCCGCAAGACGGAAUACAAAAGUUUUCCCGGCGGCCUGAUAGCUCGCAUGCAUGCGUUACAGCAGUGGAUUGGCUUUCCACGAAUGUGAUCGCAUCGGGUCUACGGGACUCGACAGUAUUUUUGCACGACUUGCGCAGCAAUAGCAGUGCCGCACGUUUGCAGCACCCGCACACAGUGUCGAAGCUCCUCAGGGUCGACGAGCAUCGAAUUUUGGUUGCCGGCCAUGACGCUCUGCAAAUUUACGAUAUCCGAUUUGCGCCAAAUGGCGUGCAGCGCCGACCAAAUCCGAUUGCCAAGAGCCACACUGCAAGUCGGCCAUACCUGACUUUCCAAGGCUACUCACCGUCUGCAGUGCCACAAAUGGACAUCUGCGAGGAGCUGGGCCUUCUUGCGAAUGGCUCGGAUACCCAGAAGGUGCAACUGUUCUCAUUAAGAACAGGGGCAGAGGUGGCCUCCCCGCUCGAAGAUCAUAAAUACUCGCAUCCUAUCGAAGCUCUGCGAUUUGGCAACGGUGAGGAGAUAUCGGCAGGUGGAACGGGGGUGCCGAGCCUGCUAAUUGGCUCGAACAAGAGGAUCGAUGAGUGGAGGUGGUGA